AUGCCACCCAAAAAGAAAGCAACAGCCUCCUCCUCUUCUAGCAGCAAAAAUUCUUCCACUAAACGGAAGAGAAAAGACGAAACCGAUGAUGAAGCCCUAUCUGACACAGCGGAAGGCGAUGAUGUAGAAUUUAUUGAAGCAGAUGAAGCCUCUUCCAACAAGAACAAGACUGUUGAAGAAGUCUACAAGAAAAAGUCUCUCCGAGAACAAAUCUUGUUGAGACCCGAUACCUACGUAGGAUCCACUCACUUGCAAGAUGAAGAAGAACAUUGGGUUUGGGAUGAUGAAUUGAGUAGAAUGAGACUCAAGCCUAUCCGUUUUGUGCCAGCCUUGUACAAAAUUUUUGAUGAAAUACUCGUCAAUGCUGCUGAUCAUGUGGUUAGGGAUGAGAGGUGUGAUAAAAUCAAGGUUACUAUUGACCCUGAAAAGAAUGAGAUUUGUGUUUGGAAUAAUGGUAGUGGUGUUCCAGUCAAGAUUCAUCAAGAACACAACGUUUAUGUUCCUACUCUGAUUUUUGGACAUUUGUUGACAAGUAGUAACUUUGAUGAUACUCAGAAAAGAGUAACAGGAGGAAGAAAUGGUUAUGGUGCCAAAUUGACGAAUAUUUUCUCAGAAAAGUUCAUUGUUGAAACAGUAGAUAACGAAGAAAAGAAAAAGUUUCGUCAAGUUUGGACAGCCAACAUGAGUAAUGAAGAAGAUCCAAAAAUUACAACAUGUUCAAAAGCAGACAGCUAUACUGAAAUUACUUUUUAUCCUGAUCUCUCAAAGUUUGGAAUGGACAAGUUGGAUGCUGACAUUGUAGGGCUCAUGAAAAAAAGAGUUUACGACUUGGCAGGAACCUUAAAAGCUGGUACUUCAAUUUGGUUGAAUGGAAAGAAAAUAACUGGAAUCAAGACAUUCAAAGAUUAUGUAAAACUGUACACUGUAGAUAAGGAAAUCCACUACUUUGAUGAUGGAAAGCGGUGGAAAGUUGCAGUGACUCUUAGCGAUGGAACAAUGCAACAAGUUAGUUUUGUAAAUAGUGUUAGUACUACAAAAGGAGGAAAGCAUGUGGAACAUAUUGUAAAACAAAUUACAGACCAUUUGAAGAAGGCUCUUAUCAAGAAGAACAGUACCAUCAAACCUGCCUACAUUAAGAAUCAAUUAUGGGUAUUUGUUAGCGCACUAAUCAUCAAUCCUUCAUUUGAGUCUCAGUCCAAAGAAAACCUUACCACAAAUGUUAAAGAUUUUGGAUCGAAAUGUAAGCUUGAAGAAGAUUUCUUGAAAAAGGUCACCAAAUUAGCUUCAGAUGCAGUAUUGAAGUAUGCCGAUUUUAAGUCAGAGAAGGCACUCAAUAAGAAAUCGGGCUCAAAGAAAUCAAGGCUUACAGGUAUUGCCAAGUUGGACGAUGCCAACGAUGCAGGUGGAAAGAAUUCAGAAAAGUGUACUCUUAUUCUUACAGAAGGAGACUCAGCCAAAGCAUUGGCAGUGAGUGGAUUGAGUGUGGUAGGAAGAGAUAAGUACGGAGUCUUUCCUUUGAAAGGUGUUCCGCUGAAUGUGAGAGAUUGCAAAUUAGAAAAAGUUUUAAAGAACGAAGAAAUUAGUACGCUCGCCAAAAUUUUAGGUCUCAAAUUUGACAAGGACUACAAUAAGGAAGAUUUAAAAACUCUCAGAUAUGGAAGCAUUAUGAUCAUGGCAGAUCAGGACCAUGACGGCUCACAUAUCAAAGGUCUUCUCAUCAACUUUAUUCACAAGUUUUGGCCUGGUUUACUUAAAAUUCCAGGCUUUUUGAAAGAAUUUAUUACUCCUAUCGUUAAGGCAACGAAUAAGAGGACUAAGAAAUCAUUAUCAUUCUUUACAAUUCCUGAAUACACAGCAUGGAAGGAUAGCUUAAGUGAUCCUAAGAGUUGGACCAUCAAAUAUUACAAGGGUUUGGGUACAAGCAACUCUGCAGAAGCUAAAGAAUAUUUUUCCAAUAUGGAACUUCAUCAAAAGAGAUUCAGGUUUGAUGACGAGUGUGAGAAGAAAAUUAAUACAGCAUUUUCCAAAGAAUUGACAAAAGAAAGAAAGGAUUGGCUGAAUCACCACCAAGAAGGUACCUAUAUUGACCAUUCCAAGAAAGAAAUUUUAUUCUCUGAUUUCAUUGAUAAGGAACUCAUUUUGUUUUCGAAGGAGGAUUGUAAAAGAUCCAUUCCAAGUCUUGUCGAUGGUUUAAAGCCUGGUCAAAGAAAAAUUCUGUUCAGUUGUUUCAAGAGAAAUCUGAAAAACGAAAUUAAGGUUGCUCAACUUGCAGGUUAUGUCUCCGAACAAUCUUCAUACCAUCAUGGAGAGCAAAGUUUAACGGGUGCAAUUAUUAACAUGGCCCAAAACUUUGUUGGAAGUAACAACAUCAAUCUGUUGUAUCCAAGUGGUAUGUUUGGUACCAGGUUGCAAGGAGGAAAAGAUGCCGCAAGCUCAAGAUAUAUUUUCACAAGGCUUUCAGAGAUCACAAGAUACAUUUUCCCAAAGGCUGAUGAUCCAAUCCUGGAUUAUUUGGAUGAUGAUGGUCAGUCUAUUGAACCUAAAUUCUAUGUGCCAAUUAUUCCCAUGGUACUUGUCAAUGGUGCGGAUGGUAUUGGUACUGCAUGGAGAACCAAAAUUGAAAACUAUAACCCUGUUGAUAUUGUGGAAAACUUGAAACGAAUGAUUAACAAUGAGGAACCAAAAGAGUUUUAUCCAUGGUUUAAGGGUUUUGACGGUGCAAUUGAGACCUAUGCUUCAAAGAAAUGGCACACCAAAGGUAUUGCCGAAAAAAUUGAUGACCAUACCAUUGAAAUUCGUGAACUACCAGUUGGAAUUUGGACAGAAGUUUUCAAGGAAACUUUAGAGGAGAUGAUGACAAAAGAACUUAUUGAUGAUUUUAGAGAAAAUCACACAGAUAUUACUGUUUUAUUCACUGUUAACAUGACUGACUCACAAAUGAAAAAGGCUGAAGAGGAUGGUUUUUAUGAAUACUUUAAAUUGUACAAAAAGUUUUCCACGAGUAAUAUGGUCCUCUUCAGAGAAGAUGGCACUCUCAGUGAAUACGACUCUGUUACAGAUAUAUUGAAACAAUUUUACCCAAUUAGACUCAAGUAUUACCACAAGAGAAAGGAUUACAUGCUUGAAAAACUUCGUAAAGAAUUAGAUAUGCUUUCAAAUAAGGUUCGAUUCAUUUUGGAGGUUAUCAAUGGAACUAUUGAUGUGAAGAGGAGGAAGAAGGCAGAUUUACUAAAUGAACUCAAAACGAAGAAAUAUAGUGCUUAUCCUAAAGAGAAAAAGAACUCAACAGCAGAUGAAAACAACGAAGACGAGAAUGGGGAGGAUGAUUCUGAGAAUGAUGUACUAACAGAUGGCUACAAUUACUUACUUUCUAUGCCAAUUUGGUCAUUAACUGCUGAAAAAGUCAAGAAAUUAGAAAAAGAGAAAGAGGACAAACAAAAAGAAGUGGAAACCUUGGAAAGCACAAAGGUUGAAGAUAUUUGGUUGCGAGAAUUGGAUGAAUUUUUGGAGCAUUUAGACAAACUUGAGUCCAAAGAAUUACAGGAAUAUGAACUUUACCUUAAAAAGAUCGAAAAAGAAAGAAAGAAGGUUGGUAAAAUUCCAAGACCAUUGGGCUAUCGUGCAAAAUCUACUGAUCGGCCCCCAAUUCAAACUGUACAGGAGUUACGUAAAAAGAAGCCCACUACCUCCAGAAAGAAAGCCGUUAAGAAGGAGGAAGACGUCAGCGAUGAGGACGGUGUUAAGAAAGAAAAGAAACCCAAGACAACGAGAAAGAAAGCAACCACUUCGAAGUCUACCGCCGUUAAACAAUCAAAACUAGCAUUUAAAAAGGAAAAAGAAGAGUCAGAUAUUGAAGAAGAUGAGGAUGAAGAAAACGAUAGCAAGAAGAAGAAAAAACCCUCUGCUAAAUCCAAGUCAGUCAAGAAGGAAGAAAAGGUUCAAGAUAAGGUGGAUGUUGACGAUGCAGACUUGCCACUCGCAGAGAGAUUGAAAAGAAGACAACAAACUACAUCUUCCUCGAAGGUAGAAUCAGAUGCAAGUGAUGACGAGAUUAUCAAUGAAACCACUAAAAAACAGUCGUCCAGUACUUCAAAGCCACCAACCAAGAAGAGAAAGACCUCUAUUACCGAUUACUUGAUCAAGAAGACAGUGGAUAAGAUGGAUGAAAGUGACGACCAUUCUGAGGUAGUAGAAAUCGAAGACCACGAAGAAGAGGAAGAACCAAAAAAGAGACCAGUUCGAUCCACUCGUCGCAACAAGAAUUUUAUCGAUGAGGUAGAGAGCGAUGACGAAGUAGAAGCUGUUUCUUCUGGCAGUGAAGCUGAAGUCGAUGACGACGGUGAUGAUGCUGAUGAAUUUAUUGCUGAAGAUGAAGAAGAUUAA